AUGGCAACUAAAGUGGAACUUGAACGACUUCAAGAGCAGCUGAAAAGCCAAACCAGUGAAAUACACUUGCUUCGCUCUGAGCUUGCGAUAGCACAGGCUGAAAACCAAGAGCUCGAACAGGUGACACCCUUCGGAAUUGCCAAGUUUAAGGGCGACGACGACGACAUCCAGUUCUACACAGGCCUUCCAAGUUACGGCCACUUCUGUGCUCUUCUGAGUUUCCUUGAUCCAGGAGAAAAUGGAAAGAAUAUUAUAAGAAAUGAAGGUACCAGACGUAGUGAACAGAGUGGCCGUCCACAAAAGGUCAGCGUGGAAAACCAGCUCUUUCUAGUGCUCGUGAAGCUGCGGCUUGGUCUGUUUCACAAGCACCUUGGAACCCUGUUUGGCAUUUCUAUCAGCACAGUGUCAAGAAUAUUUUCAACAUGGAUAGAUUUUAUGUACUUGCAGCUGGCGCAAUUACCACUGUGGUUAUCACGAGAGGCUGUGGACGAAGCAAUGCCACCUGACUUUAGUGAGAAAUACCCUUCGACACGUGUCAUUCUGGACGCCACAGAAGUUAAAUGUGAUGUGCCAACCUCAUUUGUAACGCAGUCUGGCCUGUACUCUCACUACAAGUCAGCGCACACGUUCAAAGGACUUGUCGGUAUCGCCCCAAACGGACUGCUCACCUUUGUGUCCGAACUCUUUACAGGAUGCACCUCUGACAAGGAAUGCGUGAUAAAAAGUGGAUUCUUAGAACUGCCAUUCGAGCCAGGGGACUCCGUAAUGGCAGAUAAAGGAUUCAAGAUCGAUGACCUGCUCCAGAGCAAAGGUGUGGGACUCAACAUUCCACCUUUUCUCAGAAAAGACCAAUUCACCCCAGAAGAAGUGCAGGAAACACAGAAUAUUGCUGCACUUAGAAUACACGUAGAAAGAAGGAUUCAACGAAUUAAGGGAUUUCAUAUAUUUGAUCGCUCUAUUCCCAUAUCAUUAGCACCUUUGGCAAACCAGGUGUGGACUGUCUGUGCGAUACUUACAAACUUCCAGUCGCCACUUAUGAAAGACUGUUGUGACUAG